AUAUUCCCUUAUUCUGGUCAGCCAGCACCUGAUUUUAUCAGUUAAGUCCUCUAACAGCCAAAAAACUAUUUCCACUUCAGAAAGCCCUGCAUUUGCGCUCCACGCGGACAUUUAAAGAUGACAAAGGUGUUGUGCGCAAAAAUGGAGAGGAAUGGCUGAUCACGAUGGCAGACACUGAGGCUCACAUUCCCAAUGUGUAUGAAGAGGUAUAAGAUUCAUUUGCUAUUGCAUUCUCACAGUUUCUUGAGGCAACAAAUUUCAAUCAAUUGCUUCAUUACAUCCGUUGACUGUCUUUACCUAAGAAUAUAAAUGGGUAUCAUUGUUAACUGCAUAGUCAGCUUAAGGGGUAGCCGUGUGAUCGACAGUUAGCAUUCCAUCCAGAUGGGAGUGGCAACAACUCUACAGUAAUGAGGAACAAAAGUGUUUAGACACUUUUAAAAAAGACUCCUUUUUGCAUAGUGGACAUGUCUAUCCUCACCCCCUGUGUACUCCCACCCCCUUCUCCCAAAAUCAAUGUUGUAAUUAAGACCCUCACGUUUUUCGUUUCAGUACUACUAACAACAUUGAUUCAGGGGUGGGGGAGUUACAGCGUUUAAACAGAAUUAAAUAAUAAAUAAAUGAAAUUGUUGAGAAAAGCAUGCACAAGUGUGUCGACUACUUUUGUCCCUGAUUGUAGGUGCUUUAUGCCAUACAGAACCUCGGUUAAGCUCCCGCUGUGCUGGCUUCCUUGACUCAUGCACACCUAUACCAGACCUGUACCUAACUGUAGUUCAGUAUUACUUUCUCAAACUCUUACUGACAAAUGAUAUAUUUCUGCUGAUAAAAUAUUUACCUUGCUACAGGUUGUUGGAGUUGUUGACAUCACAACAUUAAACAAUCGUCAAUACUGUGUUAUUCUUGAUCCAGUUGAUAAAGAUGGCAAACCACAGCUGGGCCAGAAGAGACUUGUCAAGGUAACAGUUGCUGAUUUUUUUUCUUAGUUUAGAGUCUUCAUGUUGUGCUCUAAGUAAAAUAACUUUAUUGUAGGGGGUUAAUACUUGAAAACCUACAAAACCCGGUGUGCCUAGUAUUGUCUUACUUUUUGUGGAUAUUUCCUUGCUGCCCAGAGGCAAACAAAAGUCACCAGGGGUUACUGGUCCCUCAGAACACACCCCAGGCUACAAUUUUGUUUUGUAUCUUUCUUCGCAUAUUGUACAUACAUGGUGGUUGUCAACUACAUUAACACUCUAAACUUCCAAUUAUUAGCCCCCCAUUUAUAGUCCCAUCUACCUGUAAACAAAAAAAUACAUGCAGUUAUAACCCCCUGAAUAUAAGCUUGCCCCACCUCCAGCUUGUAUUGGAAUGAAUUCGACUUUUUACAAUUCUUUGAAGGUUAAAAAAGCGAUCAAAUUCUAAAAGUAUUUUGAUCAGUGUAACGUUAAGUGAAGACGACUACAGACGAGAUUAUGGAGACGAACUGCCGGUUUAAUACAUGUCAGCCAUUACAAGAUCAGGGAGCACAUGCGAAUACAUCCGGGAUAAAUGUAUAACUUAACAUACUGCGCAAGUCCAAACUUGACUUGUCACACGUGAUAUGCGUGACAAUGAUACGCGUGACAAUAUCGUUACAUCUCCCUUCGUUUAAAUGAAACAAAAGAAACCAAACAAAACAAAACAAAACAAAACACCAAUAGCCAAAGGAAGCUUUAGCAAUGGUGCAGGAACUAACUAUGAAGUUCAACGCUCACUGUUGUGUAACAAACAAGCCCAAAGGAAACUUGGGAAUGGCACAGAAACUAGCUAUAAUGUUCACUGUUCAAAACUGGUCGAUAACCAACCAAUGCCCUUUCUUCAUCGUUCAAUAUUGAAUUCAAUUCAAUUCAAUGUUCAAUAUCACACUAGACACAGAAGUCUUUCAGAUAAGCAGGUUUCCUAACAAUUCUGCCACUUCUAGUCGUAACCGGAGCAGGAUCAGUAACUUCCCUUGGUUGGGCAUCCGUUGGCAGACCAUUGGUAGGAGGUUGUACAUCUGAAACAUGAGGCAUCCGUGGUGUGGGAGAUACAGAAGGCAACGGCAAUACAGGGGAUGCUGAAGGCAACUGACAUGCACCCUCAGGCUGUUCCGGCGUAGACAACUUAGUUAACACCAGCUCUUCAUCAUGGUUUGGUUGGUACCUCUCAGGAACCUUGUAGAGAUGGGAACGGUUGCGGCGAUAAAGUCGACCAUCUUCAGUGCGAACAUUGUAGGAGCGCACAUCUAUGUGCUGAUCAACUUGGGCCUUGAACCAUUUCGACCGGCGAUUAAGGGGUCGGACUCGCACCACAUCUCCCUCUUGUAGAGGCUGUAGUACCUUGGCUCCUCUGUUGUAAUACCUGGCUUGUUUCAAUUUUCUCUCUUGUAACUUGUCGCCCACAUCAGGGACCAACUGUGGCUGCAGCAACUGACUAGCUAUGGGUAGGGAAGUUCGGGUUCUGCGUGAGAAGAGACGUUGUGCAGGGGAGCUGUCCAUCCCUCCGAUGGUGUGUUCCUAAAGUCCAGUAGCGACAACUGUGGGUCACGUCCCGCAUCAAAAGCCUUCUUUAGGAUUUGCUUUGCUGUUUUAACACUAUUCUCUGCCUUGCCGUUGGACUGGGGGUACCGCGGCGAGGUCCUAAUGUGUUCAAACUGGUACUGCUCUGCAAACUGCUGGAACUCUUUGCAGUCAAACUGUGGUCCAUUGUCUGUAGUAAUUUGGUCUGGAAGCCCGUAUCUAGCCAGAUGGGGCUUAAGCUUAUCAAUAACUUCUUUAGAAGUCUUAGACGUCAGCACAUCCACUUCGAAGAAGUUGGAAUAACGGUCAGUGGUAACCAGGUAGUCAAAGCCGUGGAGCUCAAACAGGUCAGCCGAGAUGCUUUGCCAAGGCCUUGACGGUAUUUCAUAGCAUACUAAGGGCUCCUUCUGCUGAUCUGGUUUGUAACUAUUACAGAUACUGCACUUUGAGAUAAACUCGGUGAUUUGCUUGCUCAUGUCAGGCCAGAAGAAAGCGUCUCGAGCUCUUCUAAGACAUCCCUGAAUGCCCAGGUGACUAGCAUGAACUUUGUCGAUAAUGCAAUCUCGCAAGGUAAGUGGAACCACAAUUCGUUCACCCUUGAAUACAACUCCAUUCUGUAAAGACAACUCUUCUCUAAAAGGGAAAUAGUUCUGCAACUUGGGGGCACAUUUGUCUUGUUAUCUGGCCAGCCUUGUUUGAUCAUAGUGGCUAAUGCACUCAGAUCAGCGUCCAGCUCAGUUUCAGAUUUGAUGUCACAUAGGGUCGUUUGUCGAAUGGGCACAAACUCAGCCAUGUUCACAUACUCAGUCUCGAUCUCUGUUGGUGAUCUUUCAUCAGCAACACUCCACACAUCUUCCUUGGUGUCUUCCUCUUGCUUGAGCAGUGGGAGAUACGCCCUACUAAGGGGAUCUGCGAUGUGCAUCUCGAUGCCCUUUCUGUAGGUGACCUCGAGGUCAAAUUUCUGAAGACGUAACAACAUUCUCUGCAGACGCUUAGGUGCACUCAGCAAACUCUUCUUCAUAAUAGAUUCCAGAGGUUUGUGGUCAGUAUCAACGAAGACCUUUCUACCAUAAACGUAACUCUCAAACCGUUCAACACCGAAGACAAUAGACAGCAACUCUUUCUCUAUCUGAGCAUAGUUAGUCUCAGCUGGAGUUAGGGCCCUGGAUGCGUACGCGAUGGGGUGUCCAUCCUGUAAUAGGCAUGCUCCAAGACCGCUCAUGGAGGCAUCACAUUGCAGUACUGUCUUCUUUUGUGGAUCAAAGAACUUGAGUACCGGCGCUUGCGUUAGAACCCGCUUUACAUCCUCCAGGCACUUUCCGUGGACAUCUUCCUCCCAAAGAAACUCAUUAUCUUUCUUCACAAGAUCUCGAAGGGGCUUAGCCACAUCUGCCAGGUUUGGUGCAAACUUCUGUACAUAGUUCACCAUUCCUAGGAUUCUCUGGACACCAUGCUUGUCAGUGGGGGGUGGCAUUUCGUUGAUGGACUUCAGUUUGUCCGGAUCCACCCAAGACCCUCUGAUGAUAUCACAUGACCCAUGUAGGUCACUUGCUUUUGUCUGAACUGCAUCUUAUCAGCGUUUAGCUUGAUGCCCUUCUGCUGGCACCGGGUGAACACCUCCUUCAGGUGGCGAUCAUGAUCCCUGAAGGCUUCUUCAUCUGUGUCUCCCGAUCCAAACACCAGGAUGUCAUCAGCAAUGGCCUUCUGUCCGGGGAGACCUUCGAGAGCGAUAUCAAUUCUCCGCUGGAACUCCUCUGGAGCAGGAGAAAGCCCAAAUGGCAUUCGAAGCCAACGGUAUCUACCCCAUGGUGUUCCAAAGGUGGUCGCAUAGCUGCUUGGCUCAUCUAGUUGUAUGUGCCAAAACCCGUUUUUCGCAUCAAGCACUGUAAACACACGGGCCUUGGAUAGCAGCGGGAGUACGUCAUCUAUUGUGGGCAAGGGGUAGUGAUUCCUGUGUAGGGCCUCAUUCAGUGGUUUGGGAUCAAUACACAGUCUUACUUUGCCAUUUUUCUUUGUUGUGACCACUACGGCUGAGAUCCACUCAGUAGGUGUGUCGACCUUCAGGAUCAUUCCAAUGCUUGACAGUCUGUCCAACUCUUGUUUUAAAGGCUCUUUAAGGGCAAUUGGCACCCUCCGAGUGGGUAGCUGAACUGGAUGGACAUCCUUGUCAAUUUCCAGGUGUAGUUGGCCUGCAAGUUUGCCUUCCCCAGAGAACACAUCUUUGUACAGCGAAAUGUAGUCUUCUUUCUUGAGAUUGACAGGGUCUUCAUCGUUUGAAUCCACAGCAAGGAUGUUGUGUUCAUUGAUUGUUAGCAAUUGAAGGUGUUUGCUGGCCCUUAGACCCAGGAUAGACUUGCAUGGACUUACUCCACCAACAAUGUGAAAUUCAAUACUGUACUUCUUAUUGUUCUUUGGGUUUGUCACCCGGAAGCGUUUCUUGCCCAGCGGUUUAACCUCAGACUGGUUGUACAUUACCAGAGUCACAGAUGUUUUGUCCAAGUCUUUUAGACAGCCCGUACCACAGAGUCUCUCCACUGUUUUAUCUGACAUGAGAUUUACAGUUGAGCCGCUGUCAAGCUGGAACUUCUCCUCCCCACCGUUGACAAGAAGGGUGGCAAAAAUUUUGCUCGCGUGAUUGCGGGGGGCUAGUGCAUUGACUUGCUCUUUCACAUCAAUCUCUGCGACAUAUUCGUCAUCAUCGGAGUCAAAAUCCAUAAAAAGCACCUUUUUCUUUGAUUCUCUGCAACAGACUGCAAAAUGGUUUGGGAGGCCGCACUUCUUGCAAGUGUUUCCCCAAGCUGGACAGUUCUUCUUGGCGAAGGGAUGCUGCCUAGCGCAAAAUUUGCAUGUCAUUCUGGACUCUCGUGAUUCAGUGCGGGGCCUGUUGUCCGAUACUCCCGCCUUCUUUUUGCCUGCCGGGUUGACUUUUUCCUCCUUUACGAGACGGACAUCCUCCUGAUUCAUAGUCUUCAGUUGCCGUGCGGAGGUCUCUGAAGAUCUACAAAUGUCAAUACAUUGACUCAAGGUGAGUUUGCCUGCUUGUAGUAGUUUCUUUCGAGCUGAAUUGUCAUUAAUGCCAACCACUAUUCUAUCACGGAUUAGUGAGUCGGCUAGUGUCCCAUAAUUGCAGGUCUUGGCUAAUUUACGUAGAGCAGUAACAUAGGCAUCCACAGACUCAUUAGACUCCUGAUCCCUUCGGUUGAAGACAUAUCUUUCGUAGGUUUCAUUGCAUUCCCCAAUGCAGUAUUUUUCCAUCUUCUCAAGUAUCACGUCUGGCUCUUUCCGCUGGUCUUCGGACUCAAACUCCAUUGAGUCAAUAACAUCUAGCGCAUCCGACCCGAUGCAGGUGAGCAGGGUGGCCGUCCUUCGUUGCUUGUUCCUAUCCGGAUUUUCCGGGUCUUUGAGUUGAGCAGCAAUUUCGUAGUUCGACCACGCUCGACUGAAUCGUUGCCAUUUAACAGGAAGAUUACCGCCGCUUAAAUCUAACUUUUCUGGUAGCGGGAUAUUCACUGGAACUGUAAUCACCGUGUGAUGUGUAGUCGAUGAAUUCGGAACCGAACCAUCACCGCUUUCGCCAGUGUUGUCGCUCGGGGUUGUCGGCAUAUUGGAGAAAGUACUCACAAUCGUCUUCGACGGAGGCUACGAGCUGUAAUUGACGCCCAGUUUACUUCUGACACCAUGUAACGUUAAGUGAAGACGACUACAGACGAGAUUAUGGAGACGAACUGCCGGUUUAAUACAUGUCAGCCAUUACAAGAUCAGGGAGCACAUGCGAAUACAUCCGGGAUAAAUGUAUAACUUAACAUACUGCGCAAGUCCAAACUUGACUUGUCACACGUGAUAUGCGUGACAAUGAUACGCGUGACAAUAUCGUUACAAUCAGCACUGCUAUAUGUAGCUUUUGUUUUGAAACACUUAUUUUGUUCUAAGAAUUAGCUGAUGGUGACAAAUAUCUUCUUAAUGAGGGUCAAUUUCGCAUUCUCAAGAAGUGCCAUGGAAAAAUUGACUGCCUCAUUUAUAAAAUGCUACUGAUCAUCAAAGAACUGAGGCCUAGUCUUAACACCUAGAGUGACUCCAGCCGUGCUAAUCUCUUUGUUUAUUAGUUGUAACAUAUUUUUAUACGUUACUUUCCUUUUAAUGAACUAUUGUUUUUCUUGUAUUUAUAGAACAUACAUAUUUUAUUUCUUUUUACUUGAUAAUGACGUCCGGUGACGUCGAAACGCCGUGUAAUUUUAAACCGUUUUUAAGAAUUUCGUAAUUGUUUUUAAGAAAAGUUUCGUUGCAAUUUUUUAUAGCUAAAUCGAUUGUAAAGACCCCUUCUAAAACCCCUUACGAAUUUGUUUAAGCCCAGGGCUCAUUUAUAAUUGAAAAUUUACAGUAAGUUCAAUAGAGGUUAACUGUGUUUUGACCAAAGAAGUCCUUUUUCCUGUUUCCAGGAAAGAAACGUGAGAAAAGGAUUCCAGAUGUGUUCGUGCAACAAAAAAGAUUUCCUUGUCAGACAAAGGGAGUUAACAAAGUUGCCAAGGCCUACCAUGCCCGUUUGAAUACAGACCCGGUUAAUUUAUGAACACUUUGAGCACAGGCCUUCUGAAAUUGUGAAUAUUAUUACCUUCAAUUCUGAUUCAACUGUUUUUUGGGAAAAACAGGGAGAGAAGUCCUUUUUCCUGCUUCCAGGAGAGAAACUCGAGCAAGGCAUUCAAGAUGUGUUUAUUCUUGGUGAAGAUGAGGGCUUGAUUUUGAAGGCGAAUGAAGGAUUUAUUGAUGUUGAUGAGAAGGAGGUAACAUAAAGUCUUCUUUUUUUUUAUUGAAUUUCAGUUGUAUAUAUACCGGUAUUUCUGAUUUUCACAUUAUUUUGUUUGGACAAAACCUGUGGCAUGCAACUAGGAGCUGAAUACCAAUACAACAUGAAAUGGAAUGAGUUGCUUUUGAAUUAACAGUCUAAAAUAGAAAAGCAUAGAGAUUUUUCAAAAUCUAUAAGACAGAGCUUUUUCAGUACUCCGUACUCGUCAAGUUUUUGUUGUUGUUACAAAUUUGCUCAAAAUACUUUUUUAUAACCAUGAUUAAUGGAGAAAUAAUGAACUUUACUGUUUAUAGAAAGAAGUUCCAAGACGACCUGGCGAUCGCUGGAUGAUCCGUGGUCCUAGCGAGUAUGUCCCCCCUGUACAGGUUGAAGUUGUGUCACGCAGAAAAGCUAUUCCACUGGACGAAAAUGAAGGAAUCUACGUUCGGGACAUCAAGACAGGGAGAGUGCGAGCAGUAUGUGGACAGACAUACAUGCUGACACAAGAUGAAGAACUUUGGGAGAAAGAACUGCCACCGACAGUGGAACAGCUUUUGGUCGGAGGAAAAGAUCCCCUGGCAGACAGAGGCACAAGAAAUGUUCUUGUACCACAAAUGACAGGUAAGAAUAGUAGCUGUUAACCUUAUGUUCAUAGCCUCCCACGCGGACGUUCUUAGGGGUUCGUCACGCGUUCCUGCCACGCGUGAGAAACCCCUAAGAACGUCUGCGUGGGAGGCUAUUAUGUUCAUCAUAUGAGAAGUGUGAAAGUCCCCAGUGGGAUUCAUCCAGUGAACUUCAUGCAAGUCUUGUUUGGGUGGAUGGGCGCUUUCAACACUGAGCUAUAAUUGAGAGACUAACACUGAUCUUGGCCAUUCACUUAUUUUAAAAAAAAAUGGUGGCUUUCAUCCUUUAUAACAGUAGGAUCAGCCAUAUAAAAUAGUAAAAUAGAGUAACUUGCAUGAUCGAGUCUCUUGAAAUAAAUUAUCUUAGAGCGCCCAGAGUAGUUCCCAAGACAUCAUGGGUUGAAAUACCAUGGGAAACUUGAAUGGUGACCUCAACAAUCACAUUGCUGAGCACCAUUUAAAGACGAAACAGCAAAUUGACUGGGACUCUGCGACGUGUAUAACGUAUUCUACAGACUAAUAUCAACGUCUUACUUUAGAAAGCUGGUUUACUAACUUGGAACAAACGUCACUGAAUCGUAGCCAACAGCGUCAACAGCGUACCAGCGUCGUACCAACGACUUAUUGACGAGAUCAAGCAAAACUACGAGGGAACGUCUGGAGAACUGACAAGUUGACUAAAAAUAGACGACUAUUUAACUGUGACAAUAGACGGAUCGAAACGCACCAAUUACUGAUUACGAGUCUUCAUAGCCAAUAACAUCACGGCUUAACUGACAGACAACCAAUAGCAUCGCGACGUAAUUGACCAAUCAGAUCAAUAACCAGACUCUGAAGAUGACUACCGCACAGGUUGUCGAAACGUCAGUCACUGUCAACAAUAACAGUCCUAUACAGGACUACGUUCACCCGGACGAUCAAACUCAACCUACUUUUGCGGAGCAUUAUAAUCUUCUUUCUUUAUUUUUAAAGUAGAUUAACAAAGGGCUUUUAAUUUUAAUAUUUGCCUAGACUUUCCUUCAUAUCAGUCAGUGUCAAGGCAGUGGGAUGAGUUCCAAACUUCAAGACGGCCAGGCCAACUAGGACGUACGUCAUAAUACCUUUUUGCAUUUACAAAAGUACUGAUAAUCUUUGCGUUGAAAGCACACACAAUUUUCUUCGUUAAAUCUACGGCGUUUUUGUGCAGAAAACUAACAGAAUGGUGAUUAACGUUUGACAAAAUUUUCGCGUGAGGAUUGGUGAAAAUAAACGCGUUUCCAGCAAUUUCAGAAGCUUUGAAUGUCAGAAUUUUCCGGGGGAACAUGCCCCCGGAUCACCUCAGACAAACUCGGGUCUUACUCGCAAAUUUAGCUAGCGGUACGCGCGAACUAGCCCCACAAAUCCAAAAUAUGCUCCACGAUCCCUGAAUCAACCUGGUUUUCUAUAGGGGAACGGGGGUACGGAUGAGCUGCGGGCUCCACCCUAGUCUCCCUCGCAGCCGUUUUUGUCUCGUCACGCAACGCUCCUCUCGAGGAGCGUUGCGUGACGAGACAAAAACAGCUGCGAGGGAGACUAGCUCCACCCUAACAUUAUGUCUUUAUACCAUCAUAAAUAGCAUUGUAGCCCAGCAUUUGGGUUGCUUUAUCCAUCAGUCUUGUCGGCUUUGAGUUUUAUUGGAUGCUCAAAAAUGGGAUAUAAUUGUAAGAUUGGUGAAUGAUAAAAUCCGAGACUUGACAAGAGCUUUGUUUGAAAAUCGGAGACCGCUAUGUGGCAAAAAGUUUCAAGAGGCAGAGAACUAAGGGAAGGAGUAGUAAAACACGAGAUUUAAAGAAUCAUCACAAAUGUAUUAGAGACUUGGAGAGUAGAUAAAAAUUAAAUUCGAAGGUCCACUUUUCUAUCGAUGACAGUUUCUACCGCUUUAUGUUUCGAUACAGAAAUGUCAGACUGCAAAACAGUUGGUUUUUUUUUCUCAAGAUCGGUUUAGUGUAGCGUAUAAGUCUCACUUUGCGAGCGUUUCUCCUCAGUCUCACUCGCCGUUUUCAGCCUCGCUCGAGACCGUUUGUUUGACUGUUCGCGCGUAUGUUUUGUGAAAGAGUGUACAAACCUCAAUGUGGGGCCGGGCAACAUGUGGAAUUUCCAUAUGUACCUUGGGACAUGACCUCAAAUCAAAGGCGACUCUUGAUGCUUUGAAAGUCGCACACGUGUCUUCUUUCCAUUGCUGUUCUCUGCAGGUUGAUCUUCCAGUGAAUAUGUUGUGAAUGAAAUAACUUUUUAAUGCGGGCGACCAGAGCCCGCGAUCCUAAUCUUCAGGUCGCUUUUACUAUUGCUGUCGAUACUCUGCCUUUAACCGUCCUCAGACCUGUAGAACAAAUAUCAAAAAUUUUCGAUCCCGUUGCAAGGUCCUAGAAUAUGGAUUUCAUUACCGAACAACAUCAAAAUCGCCGCGACUUUUAAUAUAUUCAAACGUGUGAUCAAACCAUUUUUAAGGGUCAGACAGGAUGCAACCUAAAUACCUUAACACUUCAUAUCUAUAUUUUUCUCUAAAACACUUAUAUACUUAAAAUACACGUCUUUUUCUUUAUUUUAAAUGCCACCAAGUAUUUAAAUUGCCGUUGGGGAAAAAUCUCCAUUCCUCAUAAGCUCGUUGGCUUCUCGGAGAUUUCCCCGCCACAGUCACUCCUUCCAAGCUGUGUGCUAAUUUUAAAUUUAAUGUUAAUUAACCUAUUUAUUAUCUUUUUUUAUUAUUUAUUCUGUGUGACAAAAAAAUAAAAUAAAUAAAAUAAAAUUACGUAUGCUUGGCACGUAGCCAGCCUUCGUUUGCUCUUGCACUAAGAUUGAAAGGAAUGUGUAGAAGAAGCAAGACACUCGCCCAGCACUCCCUAACCUGUGAUUAUUACUAGUUUAUCAUUGAUUGAUUGAUCGAUUGAUUGACUUUGCGUAAGCAGUUAUCGAAAGUAAUUUUUUUUCCACAGGUGAACCCACCAGCGGGUUUGAAAGAAAUAAAACCAGUGUUGUAACUUUCCGAGUGCCUCACAAUGCAGCAGUGCAGAUUUACGAUUACAAAGAGAAGACAGCCAGGUAACACUGCAGAAUUAUGAAAGAAAUAUUUGAUCCAUCUUAGCCAGUUAAUACCUGAACCCCUCUUGUUGCUCCUUUGCAGGGUUGUGUUUGGUCCGGAGCUGGUUAUGCUGUGCCCCGAUGAACAGUUCACCCAGCUGAGUUUGUCAGGAGGAAAACCAAAGAAACCAAAUGUGAUCAAAGCCUUGUGUCUGCUUCUCGGCCCAGACUUCUGUACUGAUAUUGUGACUGUAGAAACUUCUGACCACGCAAGACUGCAGCUUCAGUUGUCCUACAACUGGUAACUUGCACUCAGAAACUUACUAAAAGUGUUAUGAACAUUUUACGAGUGAAUAGACACGAUGAAUCGAUCCCAUUUCGCCGUGCACGAAUUUUCAGCACACAGAGUAACCACCCUUAUGGGAUUGCGGGACCCGUCAAAUGUCGUAAAGAGAUUGUAUGACCCUGUAGUAUCGUUUAUUAUGACAUACCACGUGGUCAAAAAUUCAAGUGAGAGAUAUUGAGUAACAUCUCCAGUAAUUCUAUGUUCCAUGUUGCACAAGAUCUUCUCAAACUUAUUAAUAAUUCAUAAGGAAAAUACAGAGGAAAUUAAUGUUUAAUGAGUGUUUGGAAAUCGGACGGAAAAACUACGCAUUUUUGCGUCCUUGAUUUCUCCUUUUAAAAAUCAUUUUGUUUGAGAAGUAAUAUCAAGUACUCCACACAGUGUUUCAUCACCAGAUGAAACACCUUGAAGUUCGUCAAAAAUACUCCGCUGCGCCUCGUAUUUUCAACUCUCUUCUCGGUGUUUCAUCUGGUGAUGAAACGCUGCGUCUCAUGCUUUAUAUAUUUCUUCCUAACCUUCGACUUUGUUUAUGAAGCACCCCACUCAAAGCCAAACCUUACUGUACUUUCCUUUGUUGCUAUCAAACAAUACUUAUCAGUCAUUGUGUGCUACAUGUACGCUUCACAUAGUGGUCCCUUAAGUUUCAAACUGUUUGUCUCUCCUCUCACAGGCACUUUGAAGUGGGCGACAAGAGCACCAAAGAUGCUGCUAAGCUGUUUUCUGUUCCUGAUUUUGUUGGAGAUGCUUGCAAAGCAAUUGCCUCUAGAAUCCGUGGUGCAGUCGCUGGUGUUCAAUUUGAUGAUUUUCACAAGGUAAACAAAUCUUUUCUCCUCGAGAUGUUGUAAACUUAGGUUAUGUUUUGACUAUACCAGAAAACUGUUCGUGCCGACACGAAUAGGUAUCCGGUAUACUGUGAACAGCAACGGCUCAGAACAGGAUCAAGUCGUUCACACACGACGAACAACUUGCCGGAGCGAGUGGCCGAGAUGGCUCGGUGAACUAAAUCCCAGUCCUCACUCCUGAAUAUUUACUUCCGUCUCAGUGGCUUCCAGCCGUCUCUCCUACUUAUUCACUUCCGCUGUGGCUCGAUUACCUGGUCACACUACACCAGAGUGUGGCACAGAACUUAUCAGAUAUGUGACUUUCCACCGCCUUUCGAGAUCGACGUGACGCAGCUUCACUCCGUUACAGAAAUCGCGCCCCUUUGUGCCAGUGCAAAAGCUAUCCGUUAUUGUGUGAACAUGGCUUUAAAGUAUUAUUAGGUACAGUUCAUACUAAAAAAAUCUUUUUUGUUGUCUACAUUGCAGAAUUCAGCAAAGAUCAUCCGUUCUUCAGUAUUUGGACUCGACGAAAAUCACAAAAUUCGUAACAAGUUCACUUUUCCAGCAAACAGUCUGAACAUAACGAGUAUUGACAUCCAGUCUGUAGAACCAGUUGACCAACGUACGAGAGAUGCGCUGCAGAAGUCUGUCCAGUUAGCCAUUGAGAUCACAACGAAUUCACAAGAAGCUACAGCAAGGUGAGGGCCUUUUGUGAGCCAUUCGGGAGUUUAGGAUGUCGCGAUGGUGACGGCGACGAAAAUGUUAACAAGCAAACCAACACUUCUGCGUGUGUCGCACUUCUGCGUAAAUUUCUUUAUCGCCACUGCGCGGCUACAGCGUUUAAUUUCAUGACGCGACCUUUUUAUGGUGGAUGUAAACAAACGACGACGAAUUUGUCUUUCUCGUUUUUCUAGGGAGAGACAGGGGGAAUAGAAGAUACUGAUGAGCAUUUAACCCUGUAAACCCUAAGAUUAAAAUUUGAAUUCUCAUUUGUUGUCCAUAUUCAUUUCCUACUGAAGUAGUGGGGAGAAGUUGAUAAAAUAUCAAGCAAAUUCGUCUUGUGUGAUCACGUCCGUAAUUCUCAUGACCACUCUGUUUUACAAGCAUUGAUAUUACAAGGAGAAAUUUGAUGCUGAUCACUCUUAGGGCUUAAAGGGUUAAGAAAGGUGGGACAAAGGAGACGAGGACAGAAGACACAAGUUAGGGAGGACAGGGGAGAUAAGGGGAGACAGGGAUGAUAAAUUAGCUCCUAAAGGCUUAUUCGUCUCCGACCGUGUAAGAUUUUAGGGUAGGGAAGCUUUCUUCUAAACCUUUAAUCUUCAAUAUUCAUUGUUUACGUUAUUCCAGGCAUGAAGCAGAGCGACUGGAACAAGAAGCCAAGGGCCGACUAGAGCGACAAAAGAUAACAGACGAGGCUGAAGCGGAACGCGCCAGAAAAGAGCUGUUAGAGUUACAGGCUCAGAGUGCAGCUGUGGAGUCAACAGGUCAGGCUAAAGCUGAAGCGCAGUCCCGUGCUGAGGCGGCGAGGAUUGAAGGGGAAGCUGCUGUACAACAGGCCAAGUUAAAGGCUGAAGCUGCUAAGAUUGAAGCUGUAAGUAGCCUUCAACAACAACAACAACAACUUCAAUUUUGUUAGAAAAAUAUUUGCAAAUACAACAACAAUAGACUGGUCCGCAAGUAGCAUUAGCGAGUCUAGGCGGAACAGUCAAUUAUAAUCAAGCAUUACAAUGAAAUAAUUAAUACUAACUAAAUUUACUAAAGGAAACGUACAUUUAAUAUAAUUACUUACACCAAGUUAUGUUAAUUUACAUUCAACAUAAUUACUUACUCCAAGUUUCGUUAUCAUCAGUUUCAUUAAAGUAAUUCGAAUCAAGCAGCUUUUGGUUUCAGUUAAUUUGGGAAGCAGUCAUCAUGCUUCUUUUGAAUAUCAGCAAGGAAAAAGUAGAGUUUUGUUUUAAGCCUGGAUGGAGUCCUGUCUCUUGGAUUGUGGGUAGGGGUUGGCGAAAGUCUUCCUUUCUCUUCCUCACCCCCGUCAACCGAGUACAGCCCUGAGGUCGUCGAGAGGGCUUUCUCGCAGACUAAUCUGCAGAUCUUGUGCUUUGCAUUUAUGCUAAGAGUACUACUGAACGGGCUUCUAAACAUGUGGAAGUAACUUAGAAAUCUGUGGCGCUUUUAAAUCAAACUUUCAAAUUCAGGUUGCAGUACGAUAAUGGGACCAUUUAAAGCUAAACGGGAAUAAGACAACUUCGAUUAAAUCUCUUGGUAAUCACUGUCUUCGUGCCCAUUGAAAUGAAAGCGUUUCGAUCAAUAUGCUGUUUGCUCUAAGUUUAUGGUUAACCUUUGCCAACAGACAGCUCCUGUAGGCGGACACUCGUAUAAACGGAACCAACCUCUUGACGGAAUCCAAUCCUCAGCAAUUUUAACACUAAAACUGUGACCUUCUGUAUACAACUGGAAACUUUUAACCCUUAAAGUCCCAAUAGUGACCAACAUCAAUUUUCUCCUAACAAUAUCCAUAUUUUGCAAAGGGAAAUGGUUAUGAGAGUUAAUAAAUGAUCACCUACUUAAGAGAAAAAGCCUUGAUCUUCUACCAAACUCUCUCAACUUAUUCUUUAAGGAAAUGUAUAGAGAUCGGUGUGGAGAAAUUGUAUGUGGAUAUUGGGGCGUAAAGGGAUAAAUCUGUGGCGGAAAUCCUAUGUGUUUGGCGAACCGACGUAAAGAUUAGACUGCCUUUUGCACGAUAAGAUUUUUCAUCGUUUUGAUUUGCUUUGUUUUCUUUGAUAAGGAAUCUGCGCUACAGCGUCUGAGCAAAGAACGAGAAGCUGAAUUAAAAUACCAGUUAGAGCAGAACGGUCUGGACGUUUCCAAAGCCAAAGAAAUGGCUGCUAUUGAGACAGAGAAAUUUCAGAACAUGGUGUCGUCUAUUGGUGCUGAUACUAUUCAGGCAAUCGCUACAGCUGGGCCAGAGAUGCAGGUAACAAUUCUAACGUAACUGUAUCGAAAACCGUGGCUUAAUGUUGUAACGACAGUGACUCCGUUAGGCAGAGUGUCUCAGCAAAGUUUGUGUAUUCAUAUCUCCCCCAUACUCAAUAAACUCUGCUGGGACACUCUCAAGCCACGUAGCCUAUUCAGUCACUUAUCACUGUCUUAAAACUAAAUUAAUUAAGGUUUAGUUGUCAUAUCCAUCCUCAUUACACGUGGUCACGAAAGUCUGUAAAGAAUGUAAACAAAUAGCUCGAACGAACAGGUCGGGGUUAUAUAUUUGGGGGUAGGGGGCGGGAACCCUCAUGGGACAUUUACUCUCAGGGUCACCACCCCUCCCUCCCUCUUACACUUACACACGCAUUCUUUCUUUUUAGAUUCGAUUAGCGCUUGCUAAGUUGUAAUGCAUUUGUGUCUCUUUCAGUCCUUGCCCUGGUGCACGAAAAGUGUACACGUUUUAAAAAGGUGAUAUUGUGAACUCAGUCCUCCCCUUUGUGUUCACAACUCUCUUACCAUUGCUGUUAUUCUCUAGGUCAAAUUACUGCAGUCUUUGGGUCUGAAGUCUACACUUAUCACAGAUGGCAGUUCACCCAUCAACCUGUUUAGUACAGCUCAGGGGCUUAUUGGUGCGCUUCAGCAGCCAACUUAUGAAUAGUUUUUAACAUCUCGUCAUCUGAAUUACGUUCAAUCACCGUAAGCUGCGAUCAGGCGUCGUUUUCUGGGAGUGCAAAAGUCUGCGAAGCGCUUUACGUUAGUCGGUGGAACGCCUGAUUCUAUUAACAGCGAUACUUCAUAACUUUCCAAGUGAAUUCGAAAUCAGUGCACAAAUGUCUAUUAUGCGAAACCAGCUUGACCCUGUUGGCGCAGCUCAUCGAUUCGUCAAUAUUUCAUUGGGCUUCCUUUUGUUCUUCCCUUCUCGUCAACGCUGGCUUUUUCGCUCGCGAAACUAAAUAACGUCUCAUCGUUAACUGCAACUAAAGUUCCCAUUGCAUAAAGAGAAAAAUCAAUCGAAUAAGAUAAAAUAGGCCAUUUCCGAGUUCCAAAAGCACUCACUUUCAAAACGAGGCAAAGUGGAAAACCUUCUUGUAAGAAUGAGUUCUAUUUCUUGAGAAUAAAAUCAUUUUUUAUGUCAAUGGCUCCGCACUUAACCUCGCUUUGAAACAGAGAAACAGUAGCUGGGGAAACUCGGAAAUAAUCCUAACCUUGUCUGAUGUGUUUGCACUAACAUAUUUUCUGGAACUUUUAAAGGUAAGUAUUGUGGUUGCGCGCACCGCAGGCAGUCGUUGUAAGGUUCCGUUCUACACUGAGAUUUUGCUUGAACGUGCUGAAAGUGUCUUAUUCCCUCAUCAGAUAGCAAAGCUUAGGAUUAGGUUUGACACAGAUGUCAAUAAUAUUAAAUAAAUUAUCGUGAUAAAAAGUUUGGCCUUUGUAAAUCAAGAGGAAAGAAUUUGAUGUAAAUUGAUUUUGAGUGGUCAACCUGCUGGAUAGUUAGUGUGUGUAAUAAGCAUAACAAGUCAAAUUUAACAAUAGUAUAGACCAAUUUUUCAGUUAGAGGAAUGUAUGACGUCCUUUAGCCAGCUGCCAUGGCGAUAGAGCUGCCCAACUUACAGUACCAGAGUAGAACACUUGAAUAAGUAAAUUAACGUUUUGCACUAGUAGUGUUUGCUAGAUUAUGAGACUUAUUUAAUAAUGUGGUGAAAUAUAUUGCUCUCAUACAUGGUAAACUGUAAUAUGCUCUCAGCAAU